AUGGACAAAGAAGGUACAUUUCCCUUGGACGUAGCUUCUUCAUUGUGUAACACUAGUGUAGAAGACGAAUUAAACGAAACGAAUAGACAAAUUGAAUUAUUAAGCCCGAUUAGAAGCCCAGACCAGUUGAAAACCCAUUUAGAAGCCCAGUUAAAAGAAAACCCAAGAAGAAACCCAAGCCCAGCACUUAAACCCAUUACGCGUAGUACAGUUACAGAGAGUUUUGAAUUUCAAUCAUUAGAUUAUACAACUAAAAUACGUGCAAAGAAAAUGGUGGUAUUAAGUUUGGAAGACGCUUUUAAAUUAAUAUCACUAUGUACAGGAAUAGACGAUAUUUAUCAAUUUAUAAAUGCAUGCGACAUGGCAUUUGUAAUGUUAAAAAAGCAGCAGCAGCUGCCCUACGGAGACAUCAUCGAAUUGCUAGGUGAUGGGAGAGAUUCAGAACUAUCAUCAUUGUCAGGCGAUGACGAUGAUUUUGUUGAUGACAAUGAAUACCCUCGUUCAGAAAUCGAAAAGUCUAGCAAAGAACAAAUGUUUGAAAAUGUACUUGAUGAUUUUGAACUGUUUGAUUUCGAAGAUGAUGAAGAUUUCAACGUUUUUGGCAUAAAUAAUGAAACAGUUGAAGAUGAAUAUGAAGUAUUUAAUCUACCACUACAUCAACUUGAACAGCAAUCAGAUAAUAAUGUUAAUGAAACAGUUGAAGAUGAACAUGAACCACUGCAACAAGUUGAACAGCAAUCAGAUAACAAUGCUUAUGCUUGGCCAAGUACACCUGCAAUACCACCACAUCAUAUAGCAAUAAGACCUGUAGUUGAACACGGACUACACCUCAAUAACCUACCAUAUUACACAAAAAAUGAAAUUAAAUGGUCAAAUAGACCAUUUGUCAGUAGUUUCUUAAAGAUUUCGCCACCAGCUCCAGAAUUAUCAACUACUUAUAGGACUCUAUCACCAAUAGAAUAUUUCAGUAAAUACUUUCCUGAGGAAGAGUUUGAAAAUAUGGCCAAGUACACAAAUAUUUAUGCAAAACAAAAUAAUUUCAUAAAUUAUGUAGAUACUACACCUUCAGAAAUGAAGGUGUUUGUGGGUAUACAUUUGAAAAUUGGUUGUCAAAAACCUAGUAGAAUAAGAUUAUGUUGGACUAAUGACGACAGAGUAAAUAUAAUUGCUGAUAAUAUGUCUCGAAAUCGUUUUUUUCAGUUGAGGUCUUGUUUUCAUGUAAUGAAUAAUGAUGACAUUUCUGAAAACAAUGUUGAUAAAUUUAUAAAAGUUAGACCACUUUAUAAUUCUUUUUUAAAACGUUGUAAAAAAUUGCCAGUAGAAACUAAUCUAGCUGUAGAUGAGCAAAUGGUCAAAUUUAAAGGGAAAUUAGGUGUCAAACAAUAUAUGAAAGGCAAACCCUGCCCUUGGGGUAUUAAACAUUUUUUACUCUGCUCUGCUAAUGGUAUGUUUUACAAUAUGAUUUUAUACCAGGGCAGUUCAACUGAAAUAAAUCAUGAAAUACAAAAAAAAUAUGGCCUCGGGGGUUCCAUAGUUUUACAAUUAGUUGAACACAUAGAUAAAAAUGAACAUUAUUUAUAUUUUGAUAAUUAUUUUAGUUCUUACAAUCUAUUUACAUCACUUGAUUGUUUGGGAAUUAAAGCAGCUGGGACAAUUAGACUUAAUCGUUUUGCUAAUCCUCCAGUUGUGAGCGAUAAAGAGCUAAAUACAUUAGGAAGAGGAGCCUCAUAUGAAGUUACCUCAACAGAUGGAAAAGUUGGUCUGAUUAAAUGGUUGGAUAACAAAUCUGUUACUCUCGCUUCUAACUUUGUGACUUCAGGCAGCCCAGAUAUUAUUAAGCGAUAUGAUAAAAAAAAUAAAUCUUAUGUUGAAGUAUGUCGCCCUGAAAUUGUAAAAUUGUAUAAUGAUUCAAUGGGUGGGGUGGAUUUUCAUGAUCAACUCAUUAGCUACUACAGAGUAUUUAUAAAAUCUAGAAAAUUGAAUUUUUGUUUGCUCUUUCAUUCCUUUGAUAUGGCCACUUGUAAUUCAUGGUUAGAAUAUAGAAAUGAUGCUGAAGCAAUAAAUUUACCAAAAAAAAAAGUAAUGGACUUAUUAGGCUUUAAGCAAAAUUUAGCUUCAACAUUAAUUUUUAUAGGGAGUUCUGUAGUAACACCUUCCAGAAAACGAGGGUGCCCGUCGUCAUCUAACAAAAUUAUAGUUCAACCUAAACCUCGCACAAAAAAUCGUUUAAUUGAUAGAUAACCUACUGAUGUGAUAAGAAAAGAUAACAUUGGCCAUUAUGUAUACAUAGAUAACUUGAGAGAUGCCACAUUCUGUAAAUUAGAGGGGUGUAAAAAAAGAACCCAUAUGGCAUGCAAAAAAUGCAAUGUCCAUUUAUGUAUUACUAAGACAAGGAAUUGUUUUUUUGAUUAUCAUAAUUAA